AUUGAUUUAGUCCAUAGAUAAGAUUUAGCCACAGAAUGCAGGACCAAUCACAGCCCCAUAAUAAAAUAAUAAAGGAUAAACCUAUGCGAUAAAUCCAUCGACGUAUGAUAAACCCACCAACAAACAUACUUAACCAAACAUUUUACAAGCCUAUGUUGAUAAGAAUACCUAAAGUACUACAAAUAAACGUGCAAUUAUUAUUGUAUAAGCAAGAUUAUAUUACAUUAAAGUGUCGAAACAUGAGUAACACAUCAAAAUUCAUAAGCAGGAUCAACUGUUCUCAAGGAAAAGUACCAUUCCUAAUAGGUGUUGCAGGAGGCACUGCAAGUGGUAAAAGCACAGUUUGUAAAAAAAUAAUGGAAAAGUUAGGUCAAGUUGAAAUGGAACAUGCACAAAGAAGAGUUGUUUGUAUAUCUCAGGAUAGUUUCUACAGAGAACUAAGUCCUGCAGAAAUCACAAAAGCAGAAAAAGGUCAAUUUAAUUUUGACCAUCCAUCGGCAUUUAAUGAAAAACUAAUGGAAGAUACAUUAAAAGACAUACUUGCUGGUCGUAAAUGUGAAAUCCCGACUUACGAUUAUAAGAAUCACACAUUGAAACGUGAUGACCUUGUUACCAUAUAUCCAGCUGAUGUUGUUUUAUUUGAAGGAAUAUUGGUUUUCUAUUUUCCAGCUAUUCGCAGCUUAUUUCAUAUGAAAUUAUUUGUUGACACUGACUCAGACACAAGAUUGGCCCGAAGAGUAAUGCGUGAUAUAACUGAAAGAGGAAGGGAUUUAGAUCAGGUUUUAAAUCAAUAUAUCAAUUUUGUAAAACCUGCGUUUGAAGAAUUCUGUUCACCAACAAAGAAAUUUGCCGAUGUUAUUAUUCCUCGUGGAGCAGACAAUACAGUGGCCAUUGACCUGAUAGUGUAUCACAUCUGGGACAUUUUACAAGGAUACAGUGAGAAAGCUAAGGCAAAUGUUGUAAAAGAUUUCCUUCUUGAAAACGGUAUACUUUCUAGCCUUCCGAAGUAACAAGUAUUUACUUAACUAUCGUUAAGUACGCCUAUUACUAAUUCUUUUUUUUAAAAGGACAAAUGAAAUACUAUUAAUUUUAUGAGUGAAAAUUCCUUAAUUUCGUAUAAAUAUUUAUUUCUUAUAUAAAAAUCAGGUUGUUCAAUGAGACUGCAUAUAAAUGCAUUUAUAUAAAACUGCUGUAUUUUGUAAAGUAUUUAAAAGCUUCUCCUAUUACGGGCUAUGUUUGUUUGAUAUCCCAGUUUGUUAAUUUAACUAUAAAUACAUGAGUACCUACAAUGAGUACUCAAAUAUUUUACAAUACAAUAAAAAUUAAAACAUU